AUGUGUUCAUCUAAUGACUGUCCUCCUCCUCUGCAGGGCUCACUCACUGUGACCUGGACCAUGAGCAAUGAUCUGCCUGUUCUGACGAGUUUGACCGAGAACUCCACUCACCAGGACGUGCCCGUGUCAGCCGGCCAGGCGGAGAACUAUGUGCAGCUGUUGGUGCUGCUGAGUGUUUUUGCUGGAGGGACGCUGGUCCUGCUUUCCCUGCUGCUCCUCUUCUGCCAUCGCUGCUGCCUGGGAGGGCGACGCUACUCCAGAGCGAGCGAUGACCCUGAGAAGACAAACACCACAUAUGCUGAGGAUUCUCAGCCCACACAAGAAAUCACAAUUCGUCUGGAUGAAUCAGAUGCCCUCUCAGCUUCAAGCUGUCACGAUGGAGAGCCGGAGCGAUUUGUUUUCACUGGGUCGAUUGGCCGCAGAGUCUCCUUCAACGAAUCUGCGUUGUACGAACAGGACAAAGCGGCUCAGGAGAAAGGACGCAGGUACACCCUGACAGAGGGAGAUUUUCACCACCUGAAGAAGGCCCGACUGACUCAACUUCACCUGCCUCCUGCUCCAUGCGACCUGAAGAUACUCACCAUCAUGGAGUGUGACUCCACGGAGAGCAGCAGCAUGAACAUCAGUGAGACUGCAGCUCCCAGACUGCCGCUCAGCAUCUACCAGCCUACUGAGAGAAGAAUCCCCGACUGGAUGGGACAGAGUCUGAGUGGGGGGCUGCCAGGAGACCCCCACCACUCCACUGUCCUGGACCAGGGAUGCCGAGGGCCUUCACCACAGACCACACGGUCUCAGACAAUGGAUGCGUUCAGGGAGGCUGAGAGCAAAAGUGGGCCAGGGGGAGAGUCCACACAAGCUCUGGGCCAGACUUCUGUGUUGAGCUUCUUCUCCAAACUGCGGCGACACGCCAGCCUAGAGGGAGCCGGGCCUUAUUUUAGAAGAUGGAAGUUUGACACCAGUCACCGAGCUGCCAGUCUGGAUGCUAAAGGAUCCCCGAGGAGGAGGCCCUUUCAGAGACAGAGAGCAGCAAGUGAAACCACCGACCACACCGACGAGGACUCCUCCCCUUACCGAGAGGACACCUUUGAAGCAUUCCCUCAAACUCCCAUCCAAACUGGUGCCUUCCAGUCCCUCUCUGCUGAGUCUUUGUCUCAACCUGCAUCUGCGUCCACAUCCUUAGUCUUCCCGAGGAGGCUCAAGCUGGAGGCCAUGGUGGAGGCAGGUGGCAACAUCACCACCAGGAGAGAGGGACCCGCUGGGACGCAGGAGGAGGAGGCCACGGUUAAUGGAACAGCGCUGGAACAGGAGACCCUGUUCGAAGCAGUGAAGGGAACAGAAGCAGCAAGAGAUGAGCUGGAAUCUGCAGAAGAUGACGACCUGUUUGAGACGGAACAAGAGACAGCCUUGCAGGAAAUGUUUGAGGACAUGCUGAGGAAAAACGAAGACACACAAACAAAUGACAGUGCAGCAGAUGUGAGGAGUAAGAGAGAGGCAGAGGUGGAUGAUGGAGAAGAGGUGGUGCUGGGGGCUGAAGCCAGACGGAGGACCGACUCAGGCUCGUGUCUUUCUUUCGUGGUUCGCCAGGAGAGCUCAGAGGCCCCUCCCUCCCUGUACAGGGACAUUUGGAGCUUGCGAGCCUCUUUGGAGCAGUAUGCCUCCUCAGACCAGAGCAGCACAGAUCGAGAGUCCAUCCGCAGCGAUGCAGACAGCGUCUCAUCCUUCGGCGGAGCAGGGGCUCGCUCCGGCCUGGACAGCUGCUUGUCACAGGAUCUGGACGACGAGCCUGAAGGAGAGGUGGAGGCCGAGGGGUUGGAGAUGGGGAACAGAGGGGCAUCAGGUGGUGACAGUGAGACUGGAGGUGGAGCUGGAGGGGAGGGGGAAGGAGGAAACAGGAAGCUGCUUCAAAUGGACAGUGGCUAUGCCUCUAUUGAAGCACCGUCCAAGGCCCCAGAGGAGAUGCGGAUGUUUGGAGCUUCCGGAGCCCCACGAGGGAAGACGGCGUCGGAGAGAAGACUGUUCUUCACCAGCUCCGGAAGAAAAGGCACAGUGUGUGAGAGUGUCGAAGCCAGGCUGUUUCAGGAGGAGCUGGAGGACCAGAUUGGAGACAACACAGAAACGGAGGACAAACAGAGAUCACAUAUUCAAACCCUACAGAAGCCAUAUCAACUCCUGAAAUCCCUCCAUCCUCAGAAAGCUCCAGAGCCACAGUCUCCACUGACGAAACCAACACAGGCCCCAAGUAGUCCGCACCGACCUUGCCUCCGUCGCCGUGACUACAGCAUCGAUGAGAAGACAGACGCUCUUUUCAACGAGUUUCUUCGUCAUGACCCUUGCUUCGAUCAGCAGGAUUCUCCGUUACGCUCCAGGCACAGAUCCAGAGUUCACCUCCGGAAGCAGUGGCAAAGACACAAGCAAUACAGCGAUCCGGGCUCAGCCUCUGGGGGGAGGUACUCCCCAUCUUUGGAGAGGCAGAGGUUCAGUCCACUGAGGAGGGGCGACAGCGCUGGUUACCCUCUGGACACCAGAUAUCACAGCACCCUCUCACGAAUAGCAAGCGCCGCAGACGAAGAAGCCAGCGAGGUUGCAGUUUCUGAGGAAGCAGCCAAAGACAGAGCAGAGGGCAAAGGUCACUCAAGCGAAGAAGCCGACCCAAUGAAAAGCAGCUCUGGAUGCGCAGGGACAACUUGUGAGGCUGACGGCUGCCGAAUCGCCACGAACAAAGACACAGAAAGCACAAAGAGCCAGUCUGCGAGCACCGUGACAGCCCAAACGAGCCUCAUGGACCCAAGGGUCGACAACAGGAACAACAACAGCAGUCAGGGGGUCCUGUCAGAGGCUUCCCUGCAGGCGGAGAGCAGCCUUACAGACAAGUUGGUGGCGUCAGUGGAGGAGAGGAUCUACGGCAGCCUACGGAGAGCAGAAAAUCCAGCAGAACCUGAAUGCGUCCUCAGUGUGGCCCACACUGGGUUCAGCCCCACAUAAUGGUGCCAGCUUCUUCUUUC